AUGAAAGACCCCCACAAAUUGAGAGUGUUAACACUGAAUGCUUGUAGCUUAAAGGGUAAAGAUAAACACCUUGAAUUUCAAAGCCUGAUUGACAACUACAAACCUGAUAUUGUUAAUGUAAAUGAGACCCACAUUAAUGACACUGUCUUUUCGGCUGAAAUUCUGGAGAAAGGUUACACCGUUUUUCAUAAGGAUAGAAACGAAUUUGGUGGAGGGGUACUGUCUGCUUUCUCCAACCAUCUUGUGGUGACUCACGAGGAGCAAAUGGAUGGUAAUUAUGAAGGCAUCUGGUCAAAGAUAAAUAUUGCAGGAAGCAAAUCACUUUUUGUUGGCUCAGUCUAUAGGACCCCAGACUCAAAUGUUGACCCCCUUGUAGCUCUCGAUGGUGCAUUAUGCAAGCUGGUUAAAAAUCCAAUUCCAAACAUCCUCAUUACCGGUGACCUGAACCUGCCUAGUAUAUCAUGGGAAGAUGAUAACUACGCUGUAAGACCUAAUCCUACUUAUGGGCUUGAAGUAAACCACAAGUUUUUGGACAUUGUGAACGACCACUCACUGACUCAACAUGUUAUGGAGCCAACUAGAGGGGAGAACACCCUCGAUCUUGUUCUCACCACUUGCCCAGAGAUGGUAUUAGACCUAGUGGUUGAGCCCGGCAUGAGUGAUCAUGAUCUGGUGUUAUUUGAUCUAAACUUGAAGCCCUCCUUCAACAAGAAAAAGCCUCGUAAAGUCUUUGUAUUUAAGAAAGGUAAUAUGGGUGCAGUGAAAACUGACCUUAAAAAACAUCUUGAUAAUUACUUCAACAAUGAGGCCUAUCAUAAAUUGAUCAAUAAAAACUAUGAUUUCUUUAAAACCACAAUCACUGAGAUCAUGAAAAAACAUAUCCCACAAAAAAACAUCAGUGGUAGAUGGAACUUGCCAUGGAUCACUAGUUCCAUUAAAAGGUUAAUCCGAAAAAAGCAACGUCUAUAUAACCAUGCCAAACACUGUAACAACCAUGCUGCCUGGAAAAAAUUUAAAGACUUGCGUAAACUCGUAAAGAAAAAUCUCGCUAAGGCACACAGCGAGUAUGUGUCCCAGCUCUUAACAGUCCCAGAGGGUAGUGAAACAGCGAACCAUACCAUAACCAAACGGUUCUGGACAUACAUCAAGUCCAAAAAGACCCAUGAUGUUGGUGUUGCUCCCCUACGCGAUGAUAAGGGUGAAUUAGUCAGUGACAGUCUUGGUAAGGCACGUGCUCUGAGUUCACAGUUCCAGUCCGUUUUUACUCAUGAAAAUAAUAGUUCUAUACCUACACUUGGACCAAGUCCUUAUCCGACUAUACCGUCUACUUUAAUGUCUAUAGACGGUGUUAUCAAACUACUUCAAAAUGUUAACCCGAAGAAAGCUAAUGGCCCUGAUUUAAUCCCCUGUAACGCACGGCUGCGUUGCUGUAUUCAAGGCUGUCACAUAAAUAUCCGGUUCGCUUCGCAAAAAUUAAAUAUAAAAUCGAAAUAUUGA